AUGAAUAUUUUUCAAAAUAGAUAUGAUCAAUGUGGAUGUACAGAUCCACGUCAGUGGACUGCUCGAUCUAUUAUGAUACCCGGUACCGAUCAAAUUAUGAAAGCACCUCUUUGCAACACAACCGAUCAAUGCUAUACAAAUGCAAGAACUCGUAUUACAAAUACGAUUUCGAUUUGGAAUCAAUUUUGUUCAGAUUGUUCACAAGCAUGCUCAACUGUGGAUUUUACUAUUACAACAUCUGCAGUAUCAGCUCCAUCCACUACGCAUGUACCUGUUAUUAAAAAAUUCGUUGAAAAAUCUGACAUUAUAUUACCUAAAAAUUGGUCAAAUACAUGGCAAUCAGAAAUUCCAAAGAAUUAUGUUGCUGUCGAUAUUGUUUGUGAAACAACUCGUGUAGAAACUUAUACACAAGAUGCAUCAGUUAGUGGUGUUGAUCUUCUUUCAAAUGUUGGUGGUCAUACUGGUUUAUGGAUUGGUAUUAGUUUUUUAUCAAUAAUGGAGUUAGUUGAAAUGCUUUAUCGACUUAUUCGAUAUGAUUAUUAUAUCCUAAAAGGAAAAAUACGAAGACGAAAUCCGGAACAAACUUUUUUCUAA